AUGUCGCGGUGUGACGUCCCAGAGUUGAAGGUCCCAUCUAGGCUUCCACGGUGGUUUCCCGAAGCCAUCGAGGAGAGGCUGCACUCUGGUCCUUUCUGCCCCUGGCGGCCAGAGCUGCAGACAUUCGGCACCGUGUCUCAGAGGGUCCUUGUGUGUGAUGCCGAGAGGCGGCAGACGCAUUACUUCUAUCGCCCUACGAACAUCGGCAGCCCACCGCAGGUUGGACCAUGGAGGCGAUUCGUUCUUCCGUGGCGCCUUGCCCAAGCACAGCCAGCACUGCAGCAAGCGGCGAAGCUGUGA